UGUAAUUUAGGUAACAAAAAAUGAGAAUCUUUCUUUUUUAUUUGUUUGGAUUUUAAAUGUUACGUUAUUUUUCAUUACUAAAACCAUUUUAGUAGUGGAAUGUCUUAUUUGAUUAUAGGUUUUUCUUACCUUACUUUGAUAAUGUGGCUUUUAACGGGAAAACUAUAUGAUGAAAUAAUAUUUUGUGAUUGUCCUCCAAUAUAUAUUUUAUUAUAUAAUCAUAUUGAUAUGUUGACAAAGCCCGAUUUCGUAAUAUUCUUUUGAAACCUUGUAUUUGACCAAAAAUAUAUUAUCAAUUAUUCAUAGUUAGUUAUAUUAACACCAUAAUCAUCCUCUGCACUACGUCUUUACCGUAUAAUUCCAAAAUUUUCUUUAAGUUACUUUAGCCACCCCCUUACUUUUUUUUGAUGAUAUUCGAACCUUAUCCCUAGAAUGGCAAAUUUUUCUAAAGAAAUAUUCAUAAGUAGGAAAUUAAAAUUUACUCAAAGAAUCUCUACAGAACGAACAUCAAACGUAUUUCGCAGAAAUUAUUCUCUCCAGUAGUUGUACGAGUUAUAUUAGAAUUCCCGGAUAUGUCGGAUAUGUAGAUAACAAGAUUUUGAGUUCGGGUUCAAACGAUAUAGGAGGAGCGUAUUUGGCCGAAAUUAUGAGUUUCCUACCAACUUCACGGUACUUGGCCAGCAUUAAUAGGGCACGUGAUUUGAGUGUUGAUUAUAAUAACAAUACUAAAAAGGUUUCACCCAAUAAACAUUUUUAUUGUAUAAAAUCCAAACAUAGAGUAAUCCAAAAUUGGAACUACGUCAAUAUUUGUGAUUUCUCAAAUUAUCAACUUGACAAUAUUACAAAUGUCCAAUUUCAAAAAUUUUCGUUAUAAAAAAAUAUUCAAACUGUUGCAAAUAAGGAACUUCUACGAAGUAAAUGAUCUUGUAUUACACUUUUUAAAACAAA